CGAUAUACGUCAUGAUUUUGGACAACAGGCGUGUCGGUAUAGCCUCUCCCUGGAGGAACGCGCCCUUAAAGAGAAGGCAGCGACGCUGACAUCACUGAGAUGUGCGAGUUUGAUCAACUGUGAUCAAACGUUAAUAUACUGUCUGUAUUGUGUCAAUAACUACUUUUGCAGCAUGAGUUCAGAUUCGGUCAUUUUGUUGGAGACUGUCAACUUCGCUGCUGAAAAGCACCGCAAUCAACGACGUAAAGACGCGGAACAAACUCCAUAUAUCACGCACCCAAUAGGAGUGGCAAGGAUCCUAAGCCAUGAAGGUGGGAUCACAGACAUUGAAGUUUUGCAAGCAGCUUUGCUCCAUGACACAGUGGAGGACACUGACACCAGCAUAGGAGAGUUACAGGCCGUCUUUGGGCAAACGGUGGCGCGGCUCGUCCAGGAAGUGACAGACGACAAGGCACUGUCCAAGGAGGAGACAAAGCGUCAGCAGGUGGAGUAUGCACCUCAUGCCAGCCACCAGGCCAAACUGGUCAAACUGGCUGACAAACUAUACAACCUGAGAGACAUCAACCGCUGCACACCAACAGGUUGGUCGGCAGAGCGUGUUCAGGAGUACUUUGUGUGGUCAGCCCAGGUAGUGAGAGGACUGAGGGGGACCAACCCAGCACUGGAGAGACACUUAGAGGAGCUCUUCAAGCAGAGGGGGGUUGAGCUUUGACACCUCUCUACGUCUGACACAGGGUGGCACAACAGAACAACUCUUGAUGCACACUUUUGUAAAGAGUAAGACUUUAAGCGAAUUGUCUUUGUUAGCUUCUCCAUGGAAUAUACUCUUAGCUCUCACAAGGAAAAAGUCCCACUUUGGAUUUAUUUUUAUGGAUGAUUUGAUUCUUCAUUUUAAGCACAGUAAUUUGUAUACAUUGUGUGUUCCUAUAAGAAAACCAACAAUGUCACCUUGAGUUCUAGCUGUAUUGAACAAAGGAAUGCUACGCACUCGUAAUGGUGAAAAUUGUUAAAUAAUAAUAUUUAAUGGUGACUACUCUGUCAUGUCACACUGAACUAAAAUAUAUUUUUGUAUAGAUUUGUUUUGUGUGUUAUUUUUGUAAGUAUAUAAAUGUAGGGGUUUAGGGAUACAAUUAGCUAUACAUUAAAAUGGUGAUAUGUAAAUUAUUCCAUAGUAGCCAUUAUAAAUUUUGCUAGUAGAAUGGGUCCGAAGCAAUUUUUCCACUAACCUGUUCUUGCUUGUACUUUCUUUGUUCUCGAUUCGGGAAGACAUGUGUACCUUAAAAUGUCUGUUCAGUUGCAGGUGCUUCUCCAAAAACCAGAAUAUAUUUAGAAAGAGUAAAAUACACGUUUUGUAUCAAGUGAGAAAUGCCUCUUGCAUGUGUGGAUCUUUUUUAUUUUUUGUCACACUGUGUGAUGUGCUGUCAUCUACUUAUACGUGGCCGCGUCGCAUAGAAACGACUAGUUCCUGCAAAGAUGUUGGGAAAUACAAGAUGUCUGGCAGCUAAAAUGGCGAGGGAACUCCUCACUCGGUGCAAAGUGUAGAUUUUACAGUCUUUCUGAAUAUUCUGUGGUUUUUGGAGAACCACCUAUAUCUGAACACAGACACUUGAUAAGAUACACAUUUCUUCCGAAUUGAGAACAAAGAUCGUAUCGCCAAUACCAAGUUAGUUGAAAAGUCCAUGGCAAUGUUUUGUAUAGGCAAACCUGUAAUGCCCAGUAAUGGAUAUCAAAAAUCUUUGGUUAUAUUACAUUAUCUGGUAUACAAUACUAGCUUUAAGCACCAGCUGUCAGAGCAGCUCACAGAUCACUGCAACUGUACAUAGCCCAUCUAUAAUUUAGCCCAAACAACUACCUCUUCCCCUACGGUAUUUAUAUUUAUUUUGCUCCUUUGCACCCCAUUAUCUCUAUUUCUACUUUGUACUUUCUUCUACUACAAAUCUACCAUUCCAGUGUUUAACUUGCUGUAUUGUGUUUACUUUGCACCAUGGACUUUUUUUGCCUUUACCUCCCUUAUCUCACCUCAUUUGCUCACAUUGUACAUAGACUUAUUUUUCUACUGUAUUAUUGACUGUAUAUUUGUUUUACUCCAUGUGUAACUCUGUGUCGUUGUAUGUUGUCAAACUGCUUUGCUUUAUCUUGGCCAGGUCGCAAUUGUAAAUGAGAACUUGUUCUCAACUUGCCUACCUGGUUAAAUAAAGGUUAAAUAAAACAAUCUGUAGCUAGGUAGGCCUAUCCUUCAUCUGAAUGUUUCAGGCUACUGUAUAUUACCUUUUCUGAAAGCUCAAACCAAGUGUAUUCUUCCCAAAGUAUUGAACAGCUGAAUCGACAAAGACAUGGUUACUAUAGUGGUGGUAUAUGUACCCCACUUUGGGUGGAGUCUCCUCCUCACUAAACUAUGUAUCUUCAUUGCUAAGCAGGAAACUAAGUGAUACAGGCAGUACACUUUUGCUUCUCCCUUAGCGUGACCUGACCUCCACCCCCUUCAUCACUAAUCCAUGACUCUCCCCUUAUCAAUGCCUACCACAUAUGAUUGUUUUCCCUACACUCAGUAUAUUCCAAGCUUAAUUGCACCCACCAUAUACCUUCCUCCUACAGAUAACCAUUAACUUCUGCUGUAAACCCUCUAAAACAUAGCACUCAAUAUUUCAAUAGGAUACUUGAUAAUUAACCCUGUUUCAAGUUUAGAAUCCAUCAGUCCCCCGUUUUGAACAUGUAACUCCAUACUGUUCAACAUUACAUAAACUUUGAAAUGAUUUAUAGAUGGACAAUGAUAAUAAAACACAAAACAUAACAGUAUUAACAAUGUGGUAAGCUAUGCAUAAUUAUAUAUGCAUGAAAAGCCAAAGUCUGAUAACAUGACAAUUCCCACUGUCUCUUCGCCUGACUAUGCCUCCAGGAUACUUUUCUGCUGAGUUUGGCAAAAAUGAAAGCCCUAAAAAGCCUCAUGCUUUCACCCAGUCUUCCCCUUUCCGGCCACAGGCUCCGAGAGGUGUUCCCAAGCCAUGUCAUUUUCACUUUGUUCCCCAUCUCCUCCCUUGCCACCUGAUAGGCACGUCACCUGGUAGGCAAGUGCGUAUCCCUAAUCAACGCUACAUCCUCUUGAGGUAACUCAGAACUGUAUAUGCUUUCACAUCAAUACCUUCAGAAUGUUGUCCAGUGUACAAUUACCCCAACAUCUAUCCUUUCAUAUGAUGCAUUAACCAAUAAAGCAACUAACCCAACCCAAUUAUGGCGGUUAAAGUAGCUCCCAGACCCAACCCAUCUGCAUGUCUACAGUGGAAUCUACUCUUUCUCUCUUUAGCUCCGCUUCCUCUGUCAUGGCGUCUUCAAGCUCACCCAUUAUGCAGCUGAACCUCACUUAACGUGAGAACUAUGCACACACCGAGGAGAGACAUGACGAUCUUUACCGCUGCAGGUGCUGUAAAUAGUAUUUGUGUGUGGACCAGACCAACGUGUCUCAUGAUGUACACUCAAUCUCCAGAAUUCAGCCAGUGCCCUCGGUUAUCUCCUGCUACUCAUGUGCCACUUCCACCUUGGAAUAUACACACUGCAACGCAUGGGUCAUUUCCUGACAACAGGACAACAUAGACUCUCCCCUUAUGGCCAGAUCACUAAUUUGUGACAUGUGAAUAACAGCCCCUAGUACUUUCAUCAGUCUCCCAGUUACCCUCUACCAAGCCAUGUGGCACGAGUCCUCAUAAAAUGAUAUCCCAACAAUACUACUAAAGUAACCCCUACUACUACUGACACUGCCCAUGACGCAUACCUCAAACUCCCUCAUUUCCACCGUAGUCUAAUUCCAUGCUGUUACUAUAGCCUUUAAUUACUGUCCCUACAGUGCCUACUGUGAGAAUAACUACUGAGAAUAAAGCUGUUGCACAGCAACUCACUGCCUUCCUGAAGACAAACAAUGUAUACGAA